AUGGAAAUGAAAAAUAAAUACUUGCAGAGCUUCCUGAACAAGAGGCAGGGUCAAAGUGGUAAAUUCGGGUUGGGGUGGUAUCAGACUAUCAGAGAAGAAAAUCUGCGCGGCAGGCCUGAACUCUGAUCUUCUCUUUCAUUUUUCAAGACAAACAUGCUUUUCUCUCCGCUCCUUUUAUGCCCCUUCGCCUUUCCUCAACUAUCAUUUUCUCCCUCUUAAAUACCAACUACCUUUUCCCCCCUUUCUUCCAAAACGCUACUCUAAUGGCGAUGGCUUCUUCUUCUUGUUUCUGCUCUGUUUUCUCCUGCUCCUUAUUCGUGAUGGUUAUGGUGAUGUCUGCCGCCUUCGUUGCUUCGCAGCCGCCUCUCGGCUCGGCGGAGCAGGAAGGUGUUUAUAGGGUUUUGGAGGCGGUGAACCCUGAGAUUCCAUGGCGGUCUCUCUUCCCCGACGAUCUAUGCUCCUCCGCCCCGCACGGCGUCGUUUGUGAUGUGUUUGAUGACGGUGCCUGUCACGUUACUGAGCUGAACUUCGGGUACGUCUCCGACUAUACACCAAACCCGCCCUGCAGCCCUAAAGCUACCAUCCAUUAUUCCCUUUUCGCUCCCUUUACCCACCUCCGUAAACUCUUCUUCUUCCAAUGCUUUACGGAAGCUGGUGUUUCCUUCCCGGAUUUAUCUUCCCUCGCGUCGCUUGAGGAGGCGGUGUUCGUGGAAAAUCCGGCGUUAUAUGGUUCGAUCAGUGGCGAGAUUGGCUGUUUGAAACGUCUGAGGAGGUUUGUUCUCACCGGAACCAAUGUUUCUGGAGAAAUCCCGGUAGGGUUUGGCGAUUUAUACAACGUAGAGCAAGUCACUCUCGCGAGGAACAAACUUAGCGGCUAUGUCCGGACAGAUUUCCGGGCGUUAAACAGGCUGAGAGUCCUUGAUCUGAGCCAGAAUCAGUUCUCUGGCGCCGUCCCGGUUUCGAUCGGAAACCUAACUCAGCUCCUGAAACUCGACCUGAGUUUCAACCAAUUCUCCGGGAGAAUCCCGGAGACUCUCGGCUUCUUAAGCUCGCUGGAGUUUCUCGAUUUGAGCUACAACCGGUUCACCAAUUCCGGGAUUCCGGCGUUCAUUCCGGCGAUGCCGAACCUGAAAGAGGUAUAUCUGAGCGGGAAUAACCUGGGAGGGGGGAUUCCAGAAAUAUGGGAAAAUAUGGGGGGUCUUCAGGGAAUAGGAUUAUCAGGGACGGGACUCGUUGGGAAUAUUCCAGUUUCCAUGGGGGUACAUUUGAGAAAUGUGUGUUAUUUGGGGUUGGACAACAACUAUCUGGAAGGGACAGUGCCUGCGGAGUUGGGCGCUUUGGAGUUUGUGAACGAGCUAAAUUUGGAGAACAAUAAUCUGAGUGGAAAAGUCCCAUUUUCUGCCGAAUUUGCCCUCAGGGUCGGUGAGAAGCUGAAAUUACACGGCAACCCUCUCCUCUGCGUGGAUGAAGGGCUAAGAUCUGCUAAAGUCAGUGGCAGUUUGGGAAACAUCAAAUUAUGUAGUAGACAUUAUACUCCCAAAUUUGCCCCUCUUCCCAACUCCUCCCCAGCCUUACACUCUUCCACUCUUCUCAUGAUCAUUGGGAUACUCUGUCUCUUCUCUUAAGGGUAACUUCGUCAUUUCACCUUUGGAACCCGGAAUUUCCCGCCUCCCGGACCUGGGUAUUUAC